AACACCAGGAUCCCAGCAUUCACGAGGGCUGGAAGGUUUAUCUGAACACAACGAGGGCGCGGGAAUGGGCGCUGUACCGUAGCCAUUCCCAUCCGUUGCUAGCUGCCCACCAGGGUGCUCCCCGAGCCUGGGAAGCAUUAUGGAAGGCAGGAUAUGUCUGGGACACAAUGGUGGCUGAUGUUCGCAGGGGUGUAUCUGCCUGUCAUGAAUGCCAGAUGGGCAAACCCUUCGCAAAGGAACCUGCUCAACCACUGGUACGCAAGAGGAACUCGGGCAGGUUCACCAAUGUCCAGAUCGACUUUCUGACCAAACCGAAUGAUGUCAAGUUGGGGGGACCUCCCGAGUUGAGCCCUGGAGGAUGGCAGUACCUAUGUGUUCUGAUGGAUGAGGGGACUCGUGUCGCGCUUGCUGUGCCAUCGUUCUCCACAAGCACAAGGGACGUGAUUCAGGCGUUACUCCAGUGGUGUGCUUGCUAUGGAGUCCCUUCAGUCCUCCAGAUGGAUAUGGCCGGGGCUCACCAGUCACAAGAGCUUGCAAUGUUCCUCAGGAUGAUGGGCAUCUCUUUGAGACCGGGAGUACCGAGAAGGCCCCAGAGUCAGGGGAUGAUUGAACGGCUCAUUCGUGAUGUCAAAUCCUCUAUCCACACUGCCCAAGCAGAUAGACGAGGGUACACUACUCCCUG